UAUAUUAACUUCAACGAUUAUUGUAAUUAUUCAGUGUUUAAUAAUUGAAACUAUUUUGAAAAUAUACUGACUCAACUACACUUGUGCACGACUUGACAAAUAUCAGUUACGCCAUUCAAAAUGGCGUUCAGACAAAUUUUGCGACCUCUGACUGUGACGUCUAUCGCAGCUUUUCGUAAAGAAGGACCUCAGAGAAUAUUUUCCUAUUCGAGAAAUAUAACAACAUUUCAGAAGCUUAGGAAAGAUUUGUUGAAAUGGAAACUUCAGCCUUCGCAUGUGAGAACCAUGUUCAUCCAAACCCAGGAAACUCCCAACCCGAACAGUCUCAAGUUCAUGCCUGGUGUCCAGGUUCUGGAGACGGGUACAAUAGACUUCCCAAAUCCCCGGUCAUCUGCUUGCUCUCCACUGGCCAAAAUGCUAUUUAGAAUUGAUGGAGUGAAGGGUGUAUUCUUUGGAUCUGAUUUUAUCACAGUCACAAAAGCUGAUGAUGAUUUGGACUGGCAGUUGAUGAAGCCAGACAUUUACGCCACAAUUAUGGAUUUCUUUGCCAGUAAUUUGCCCAUUUUGACAGAUGAGCAGCCCUCAGCAGACACAGCAAUUGACCCAGAUGAUGAUGAUACAGUGUUGAUGAUAAAAGAACUACUGGACACCCGUAUCAGACCCACAGUUCAGGAGGAUGGAGGGGACAUUGUGUACAUGGGCUUUGAGGAUGGCAUUGUGAAGCUGAAGAUGCAGGGUUCCUGUACAAGUUGUCCUAGCUCGGUGGUCACUCUGAAGAGUGGAGUACAGAACAUGCUACAGUUCUACAUCCCAGAGGUGCUCGGUGUGGAACAGAUUGAGGAUGAAGUGGAUGAUGUCAACAAGAGGGAAUUUGAAAAGCUAGAGAAUUCACUGCAGGAAAAGGAGGGUGAUGCACGCGACGCAUAAUGGAGAUCACGUAUAUGAGAGCGGCGAUUUGUUUAAUGUUAAGGUCAACUCUUUGAAGUGUUGUAUGAAGAAAUAACAAUCUUAGAAAAUGUGUAUACAGUAUGUACGCUUAUUGUAAGGAAAAUUCUUAAGGUAUUAAAACUUACAUCAAAUUUGUACAUUUCAUUUAUUAAAAUGUAUGCAGAUGUACAAAAGGUUUUGUAUAAAUAAUAAAAAUAAAAAUAAAAAACAGAAAAACCCCCAACAGUAGUAUGUUUAAUGAGCUAAUGCAUACAAACAAUGUGGUAGUAUUAGAUUUUUGGCAAAAUUUAUAAAGAAAUUUUUUAAAACUGCCUGCUCUUCCUGAACCACUUGUACCUACACUGACUGUAUGUUUAUUUAUUUUUCAAAUCAUGCUUGUUUAUGCUGUUGCCGUUAAUUGUAAUCUUUGUUUAUAUAUGUAUAUAUUUGUUUGUACCUCAUGUACCAGUGAUCUGGUUUUGAGUGAAUAAAGAAUUGAAUUGAA